AUGCUGGCACUCCCCGCGCUGUCCGCUCUUUUCGUCGCCUCGCUCUCCCUCGAGCUCGUUCACGCCCACAACCCCCACCACCACAACCUCGCCAAACGCCAGACCGCCUCGGGCACCACCGCGACGUCGUCCGCGACUUCUGCGGCCACGACCUCCGGCACCGUCCCAGCCAGCUCCGGCACCGUCCCAGUCAGCUCCGGCGCGGCCGCCGCGACGACCCCCAUCACCUCGGGCAUGCCCGCGGGCGCGGCGCCCACGCUCCGCACGACGUUCGCCGCCGGGGCGACGCCGUCGUACUCGGGCGCUCCCGCGCUCCCCACCGCCUUCGUCUUUUCGUCCGCGGACUGGCCGCUGCUCGACAAGGUCCCCCCUACUGAUUCCCCCCAAGUCAAAGAGUGGAUGAAGGAGCUCGACGGGGUGGACAUCCCCGACCUCGACCCGACCGUCGGCGACGCGACGUGCGAGGAGAACCCGGCGGCGUCCAAGGACGCCGCGGCGCGCGGGUGGUGGACGUGCGGCCACUACGUCGCGGACACCGACGUCGUCUCCUGCCCGGACAAGCUCACGUGGGGUAUCAGCUUCGACGACGGCCCGUCGACGUACACGCCGAAGGUUCUGAACUUCCUCGACGACCACGACCUGCACGCGACGUUCUUCGUCGUUGGCUCGCGUGUGGUCUCGAACCCGGAGAUGCUGAGGACAGAGUACAUGUCGGGCCACGAAAUCGCCGUCCACACCUGGUCGCAUCACGCCCUCACCACCAUGACCAACGAGCAAAUCGUCGCCGAGCUCGGCUGGACCCGCCACGCCAUCCAGAAGGUGAUCGGCGUGACGCCCACGCUCAUGCGCCCCCCUCGCGGUGACAUCGACAACCGCGUGCGCGCGAUCUCGAACGCGAUGGGCCUCAAGCCCGUGAUCUGGACGAACGGCCCCGCGGGUCCGUUCGACACGAACGACUGGCGCGUCGAGGACGGCUCGAUCGCGAACGGCGAGGUCCAGUUCGGGGUCUUCCAGAGCCUGCUCGGGAACGCGACCCUGAUCGACACCGGCUUCAUCGUGCUCGAGCACGACCUGUUCGAGACCACCGUCGACCUCGCCGUCGGCUACACGCUCCAGUCCGCGCUCUCGCACAACCCGGCGUUCAAGCUCAAGGCGAUCGGCGAGUGCCUCGCCAUCCCCACCUUCGAUCUCUACCAGGAGACCGCGGUGACGAAGAUCACGAACAGCACGGGCGGGAACAAGAACAGCUCCGGCGCGGCCAACGACACCAGCCCGCCUCAUGCGCAGACGCACGUCGCGCGAUGA